GCGGAGCCCGGGAUCCCAUCGCCACGGCAACGCGGCGGCCGCAAACCGCUCCCGGGACACGCGGCGGAUCCCACCGGCGGCGGAUACGAGCGCCGGGAGCGGGCGCGGCCCGACGGAGAGGAGCCCGCCAUAGGCCUGGCCAGCAGCGUGUAAUGCCUCUCUUUGGGAACUCCUUCAGCCCGAAGAAGACCCCCCCGAGGAAAUGGGCCUCGCUGUCCAACCUGCACCUGCUGGAUAGAUCCACCCGUGAGGUUGAGCUGGGCCUGGAAUAUGGCACCCCUACAAUGAACCUUGCUGGCCAGAGCCUGAAGUUUGAAAAUGGCCACUGGGUUUCAGAAUCAGGAGGCUUCCUGGGGGAUCGCAGGGAACUGCAGCGCUUGCGCAAACGAAACCAGCAGCUCGAGGAAGAAAACAACCUACUUCGGCUGAAAGUGGACAUUCUGCUGGACAUGCUCUCUGAGACCACUGCCGAGUCCCACCUCAUGGAGAAGGAGCUGGAGGAGCUGAAGCAGCACAGCCGGAGGAAGAAGUGAACAAGAGAUGGCCAGGCUGGUUCUGGGUCUUGGCCCACGGGAUGCUGGGGCUGGCUCGGGCCUCCCAGCCAUGUUGGUACUUUGUGGAGGUACUUUGUUUCACGGGACCACGAGUGCCGAGAUGCCUCUAGCGUUGUGUGGUGCCGUGGGUACUGCUAAUGGCUGGUUUGGCACCACAGCGCUGUUAAUUAACACGAUUUUCCUCAGAGCACUUUACUUUGCUACGUUUCCUCAGCGCAGCCCAGCGCAGGUACCCUCUUCUCUAAGGCAGCCGGGCAGCAGGCGGUGGGGGCAGAUCCGUCUCCGUGAGGGCUUCUCCUCGCCUUCUCUGCUUACCGAAGCGGGGAGAACUUGCCUCUCCCCCCAGGGAGCCCGCGAGUGCUUGUACGAGGCUCACCGUCUGCCUUGGGCGAGCAGGAUGCUGGAGUUGCUCUUUCUCGAGAGUUUUGCAUUUUUUAUAUAAAACCUUGCAAUUUAAA